CGACCUUCUCGGUACGGUGUACACCCGUGCUGGCAUAAACAUGCCUCAUUGAUGGAAACGAUCGAACCACGGCUCUGCCCGCAUCACCACGGUGUCAUUCUCUUGGCUCCCUAAGCUCCCCUCAAUACUUAAUAGCACUCCUGCCGGAUUCCUUCCUCAUUCCCGGCCUCUAAUCCAUUCCUCCUGUGAUAUUUUAACCCGCGCUGUAACACGAGUGAAUAUCCAUCCACAAUGUCUGUCGAAAUUGCUCAGUUUCACGGCGAGAUCGAGGCUCUCGUCGAGAAGUUCGACGUUCUGUCCAAGAUCAAGGAAAUUCAGGAGGGGGGUGAUGUCCGUUCAUCUGUUCCUGUGACCAUCUCCGUCACUACCGACGCCACCAUCAGUCUUCUCGAGGACAAGUCAACCAUCAGCGAGUCGACCGAAGCCCCAAAGAGCCUCUCCAAUGGCGACAAGGCCUCCUUCAAGAUCACUCAGGGUGACGAACUCAAGUACACCGUCACUGCCGGUGGGGUCACUGCUGACUUCAAGAUCGUCUUCGACGUCGACAAGAGCGCACCCAAAUUGAAGCUCAGCGACGAGCUUGAGGCCGACGACGCCCCCAUUGGAUUCGAGACUACCAAGACCGAGACCAAGACGGAGAUCGAAAUCGAACGCGAGGUCGAGGUGGAGAAGGAAUGGACCAAGGGCAAGAAGCCAGAAAGGAAGACUAGCAAGGAGACUAAGCACGAGGCAAAGGCUGGUCCUUACUCGCUCCAGCACGAGGUCGAAACCAAGUUCAAGCAGGAGAAGGACAAGAGCGAGGCGGAAACCGAGACUGAGAUUGAGACUAGCAGCAAGACAGUCGUGGUUGAGUAUGUUAUCUACUAAAGCGCGGGGUUUCAC